UUGUAAAUCUAAAAAAUGGAUGAUCCCUAGAUAGUCAAAAUAAACUUUAAUCUACAUGUAGAUAGAUCUCUAGAUCUAGAUUCCUACGUUGAUUAACAACAACAAAAAAGUCUUCUAAUUAGACUACAUCAUCCCUAGUCAAAUGAAAGAUCACGAAAAACUGCCAUUUUAUUAACAUUCUAGCUCCAUUUCUCUAAACAGUAAAAAUGUCAUUGUUGUCAGAAGACGAGGCCCUUGCCCUACAGCAAUAUGCUCGAGUAGCUUCGGUUUACUUAGACAAACUUGAGCGCUAUGACAGCCAAGAACUUUUAUCUUCCAGCAUGGCCCAUUGGCUGCUCUCAAAUGAUAUUUUCAGGAUGCCCACAGAGCAACUCAUGGGCUUGGUUUCUCAAUUAAAUCCUGUAAAUGACACAUCCAUACUUCUGUUUCCUGUGGAUGAAAGUAUAUCACCAUUAUGUUAUAGAGAAGUUCAUAACAUCAUCAGAGAAUUGACUUUAGGCAUUUACAUUUUCCAUCAAACUCCUAUGAUUUCAUUGGAGGCAAACUUUGACCAAGCUACUAUCUGUCAGUUACCACCUGCUUACAUUAACACUAAGAUUGGCCAGCUUCUUAUCUCAGUAGACUACAUGAUGAAAGCACUUUGGCAUGGGGGAUACUUUCCCAAAGAAAAGCGCACCAAGUUUGGAGAACGCUGGAGGACCAAUCUUGAUGUCAAUUUAUUGGGUGUAGCUGAAACUAAAAAAAAUCUGCUUUCAGAAUUUACCAGUGCUGGGCUCAUGGACAUCACCAAAGACCCUGAUUUUAUCACAGCUUAUGACAGCAUGCCUGCAGAGGUUCCUGAUGACUUAGAGACAAUGGAAGAUAUUGAGUUCUUUAUGAAACGUGUUGAUGAUAUUAAUAUGAGGCUCACAUUUACACAAGACAAAGUUUUUUUUAAUCAAAACAUUUUUAUGAUUGAUGCUAAAUAUGAUGUUUCAAGCAUUAUCAAAAUUAUGGACACAAACAUUGACCUUACUGGUUACGAACGUCUCAAGUCAAGACUGCAUAUGCAGGAAGAAAUCAUUCAGACAUUCUUAGGAGCCAAGCAGGAAACACGUAGACAGUUGGAGUUACUUAAAAUCAUCAGUUACCUUGUGCCUUUCUUACUGGGCAUGCGAAAAAAGAUGAGAAUCCCUGACAUCAACAGGCUAAUGAGCCCAUACAACAGUGAUGAGUGUCGUACUGAGAGAGAGCUUCCACCUUUAAUGGUUGGUCCUGAUUUUAAAUGUAAAAAUUUUAUGGCAGAAGAUAGUUAUUUUCAUCUUCAUGGAGGAAUCAACUUUGACCUGGAAACAAAUGUAAUGCAACAAGGACCUGAGGAACUUGAGAAGGAAUAUGAAAACAUCUGUGACAUAGCCAUGAAGGAAUACCUAACCCACACUAGCUCUGAACAGCAGCGUGUCAGGGACCACUACAACAUCCCUACAGUUAAUGUCAAUGGAAAAUUGUACUAUGCUAUUGUGAUAGAGUUUGAAGUAUUUUAUAGUGCAGCACCCCAGAAACCUUUAUGGGUCAGAGCUUAUUGUGAAGAAAUGGACAAAAUGAAGCCAAAAAGGCUCCCUGUGGCAGACCUUCAGAUUCAUGAGCAGUUCAAAAGACAGUUUGGAUCAAAAAAAGCAAUUAAGUAUAAGACACCAAUGGUUGGCUUAAAAAUAUGUGCACAGCAAGGUCUAAUUGCUAUGUUCAGUGCCUUGACUAGAAAGAUCUCUGGCACCAGGAUAGGUAAGCAGGAUGAACAAGGGAUGUCACUGAUACAUUAUGCUGCCAUAUACAACAGACCUCAGAUCAUCACCUUGUUGAUACUGCAGUCUGUUGAUAUUAAUGUACGAAGAAAUAACAUUCUCUCAACAGGCCCAACUGCACUUCACAUGGCAGCUCGUUGUGGCUCUUUAGAUGCUGCCUGUUGCCUUGUUUCCAACCAUGCUAACAUGACUGUCACUGACCAGAAUGGAUGGACUCCCAUCCACUAUGCAGCAUUCUUUGAUCACAAAUCAAUUCUUACAAUGUUACUGCGCAAGAGUAUAGAACUCCUUGAACUUACUACAGCUAAUGAGCUGCAGUCAACACCAUUGCUUUUGGCUGCCAGCUCUGGGGCUCUGUCUGCUGUAAAAUGCCUGAUUGACCAUGGUGCUGAUAUACAAGCUAGAGAUACUGAAGGAAACAAUGUUGUCAUAUUGGCAACUUUACGUUUUCACACUUCUGUGUUAGAGUACUUCAUUAAGAUUAAUAAUGAGGCUGUGCCAGUAUGGCGCAUUUUAGUUGAAAUGCUUAAUGAUGAUUCCAUGGAAAAAAAAGACAGUGCUGUGAAAUGCCUUGAAACUUUAACUACCAGCAAUCCAAACUACUGGAAAUGCAUUUUAGAUGCUGAUGGUGUGCCUGCUCUGGUGAAACUUCUCCAGAUUGACAGUGAUGAUAUGCAGUCAGUAGCAGCAUCUGUCAUCUGUAACAUCUCUGAAAAUGAUCAAGUGAGAUUGGCCCUGUCCAAAGCCAAAGCUGCUCCAGUUCUGAUCAUAUUGCUCAGCUCCAAUCUAGAUGAUAUCCAGUCUCGAACAGCUAUUAUUCUUUCUGACAUUGCUUGUGUUGAGAAUAACCAGACUUUGAUUGCUGAAUGUGGUGGAAUUCCCCCUUUGGUCCAGUUACUGUAUUCUGACUUAGAAGAUGUGCUAGUGAAUGCAGUCAACUGUAUACGUGUGCUGUGCAUCAAUAACACCACCAACCAGAAAACUGUUGCAGAGUGUGGAGGUCUAGAGCACCUGGUGGAGUUUCUUGCCAUUCCUUCAGAGGAUCUUCAAGCUGGGGCUGCUGCUGCUUUAUCUGCUGCUUGUUCCAAAAACAUAGAGAAUCAAAAUAGAGUCAUCAGUGAGGGAGCUAGACCUUUGGUUGAACUCAUCUCUGACACUCGCAGAGGGGACAAUCGUAAAGGCCUUAUUACAGUACAAGUGAAGGCAGCCAGUGCAAUAGAAGCACUUGCCAGUCUUAACCCAGCCAGUCAGAAAAAGUUCCUGGAACUUGGUGCACCUAAUGCACUGAUGUUGCUCCUAAAGGAUGGUUCUGUUGAUGUGCGUGAACAAGGGGCUUGUGCUCUCUGGGCUCUAGCUGGCAACACAAAAACACAACAGAAAAACAUUGCCGAGAGGAUCACCAUCACUCACAUCAUACAAAUGUUGCUGGAGCCAACAGAGAAGCUUUUAAAUGUUGGUUGUAUGAUGGCCAUUGCACUUGGUUCAGAGAACAUUGCAAAUCAAAAUAAACUGGCUGCUGCUGGGGCCUUUUCACAGUUGGUUAGAUUAUUACGAUCACCAAAAACCUCAAUCAGAGUACUUCUAAAAGUGAUUAAAGUUUUGGGAAUAUUAUGUACAGGUGUUGCCUACCAAAAUAACAAAGUGACUCAAGGUAAGAUUGCAGAUGAAGGUGGUCUCCCUGUGUUGGUCAACUUGCUGGCCAAGCCACCUAAUGAUGAGAUCCAAGUGGAAGUGGCCUUUACCCUUGGUACUGUUAUCCUUAGCAACCACGAGAAUCAGGAGAAACUGGCUGAGGAGGCAACCUUUAAGUUCGAUACACUGUUGACAAUGUUAAGAUCUAAAGAUGAAGAAAUCUGUUUAAGAGCUGGUAUGGCUUUGACAAUAUUUGCUUUUAACAACACACCACAACAAAUGAAUAUAAAACAAGCUGGAGGUAUCAGCUAUGAUGUGUUUGACAAAUUUAUUCAGUCCAAUGAUGAGUUUUACCAGUGCUACGCAUCUUUUCAGAUUGUGGUUCUGGCUCGUGUAAUUACGGACAAAGAUCAAGUAAGCUUGACAGCUCAGGGUAUCAUGAUGCUGGUGUCCAAACUGAGCUCAGCAGAAGAAAAUGUUGUGGUGCUCUCCUGCAGUCUGCUGGCUGCCCUGUCUCAUACACGAGCUGGUCUGACAGAUGCUAUGAUUACCUGUGGUGCUCUGGACUUGUUGGUCCACAAAUUAGACUCACCUAAUGACUUAGUGAGAAAUGGAGCUGCUGUGGCGUUAGGUUACCUUACAUUCAAUAAAACAGCUUAUCGUCUCCUGUUUUCUUUAUGUCGUAAUGUACCAAAUCUGUUUGAUAAAAUAAUGAAGAACAUUGGGGAAGAGCCCAAAAUUAGUCAAGAAUUUAUUGAAGACUUUCAGCAAGCCACACGCAUUGGUUUACCUACUCAGUGCCUGGAAAUCAAUGGAGGACACUCUUUACAAAGGAAUAAAACUUCUUCAAAUAGACGACCCAAGACUGGAACACUUCCAUCAACUGCCAGAUCAAAUCCCAGUGAAAACAAGAACCGUGCUGUAUCAGCGCCACCUAUGUCCCUCAGACAUAGAAGCAAGCAUACACUUCCAGAGAUUAUUGAGCCUGUGUUUAAGAAGGGAACAUCAAUAAGUAUGAGAUCAACCUCAUCUUCAGUUGGGUUCUCCAGUGAAAACAGUAGUCUUGAUAUAAAGCCUGCUGACAUCAAUAAGUAAUUUUUCUUGUUUAUGACUUUUAUGAUUUAUCUACACAAUAGUAUAACUUUGUUAAAGAAAUAUUUAUUGAUACUUUGUACAUUGUGUUGUGCAGACUGUAAAUCCUAGGCUCACUGCAGUGGUGACUUAAAUUUAAAACAUGACAAGCGUUAAAGGCUUAAUAAUUUAAAAAAGAAAAUAUUAACAUUGAAAAGUAUCCUAACAAUAAAUUAGGUGUACUGUAAUAAAAAAAAUCUAGUUGUUAUUUUAUUCCCAGCAAUUGAAAGACCAAUAUUGAUUUCCUAAAAUCUAGUUGUUAUUUUAUUCUCAGUAAUUUAGAGACCAAUGUUGAUUUUUUAAAAUCUAGUUGUAUUUUAUUCCCAGUAAUUGAGAGACCAAUGUUGAUUUCCUAAAAUCGAGUUGUUAUUUUAUUCCCAGUAAUUGAGAGACCAAUGUUGAUUUUUUAAAAUCUAGUUAUUUUAUUUCCAGUAAUUGAGAGACCAAUGUUGAUUUCCUAAAAUCUAAUUGUUAUUUUAUUCCCAGUAAUUGAGAGACCAAUGUUUAUUUCCUAAAAUCCAUUAUAUUUUUUUUAUCUCUAUCUUGCCAAAGUAUUGAUUCAUUGAAAAGAAUUAAAUACUUAAUACUUUCAGUUUAGUAACAGUAGAAAUAUGACAGUGUACAUAUUGUUUUAAUUGUAUUAUUCCAUAUCAAACUCCUUUUAAGGGCUUUAGAGGCUCAAAGUUUCUCUUUUAAAGGCCCUGAAUUAAAGCCAAUCACUUUUUUUUUAAUGCAAACAUAAUACAUGAGCUUCGUUGACUUCCUAAGCUAAGUCACUGCUAGACUAGACAUAAAAAACAUGAGACCUGGUUCUUUCCCACUGCAAAGGACAAGCAUUUUUUUUAUAGGUUCAAAUUAGAUAAGGUUCAGGCAAAGCUUUGACCCAGGGUGCCUUACCUUUAUCUGAAAUCCUCAACUACAGAAUGGUUCUGUUCGGGUGCCAUUUGGGUUCUCCUUUUCAGUUAGCUUUUGUAACUUGUCCCUCUACACCAGUUUCCCAAACUGUGUUUCCUGGGAACCCUAGUGUUCCACAAGGCCUGAAUAGGUGUUCCACAAACUACUGGAAUAACUAACUAGUAGGCCACCAAAUGAAUUAAUCCCUCUAAGAAAUAAGCAAAGUGUUCUGUUAAAUGCUCAAAAUGUGCAAAGUGUUCCGUUAAGGAUAAACUUUGGGAAACACUGCUCUACACUAAUCCAUUUAUCCUCAUUCAUUUUUAAUAUGAUAUGUACCAGUACAUAAAGGUCUUGAACAAAAAUAAUUGUAGUUGUCAUUGGUUACUUUAAAUAGAAUUUUGUUAUCAUCUUUUUUUUUUUAUAGUUUUUAGGAGAUUAUAUCUUUACUAUCUUUGACAAUUACUAUAUUACUUUACAUCAAAUGUAAAUAUUUAAUUUAAGUGUGAUUAUGUUUUGCUUUUUUUUAAAUCUCCCAAACAGCUGUGAUAUAUUUGUUUCUUCAGUUUUUUCAUAGGGCUGCACCAUGUCUACAUCUCUGAUAUUACUUCAAAAUACUUUAGAUACAUGUACUUGCAUUUUAAGUACAACUGUAUUUUUAAAUUUUAUGUAAAGUGUUUUUUCUCCUGAAAAUGGAUGCAUUGUAAAAACAGUAUUUUAAUAUUAUUUUAAUGACAGCAUUUUUAAUUUGGUUUGAACAUAUUUUAACAAAUUUGAUGUAAUUAUAAUUGUUUUUUUUUUUAUUCUUAAUAAAUAUAUUUUUAAACAUU